AUGUCCACACAACGAAAACAAUAUAAAAAUCACCUGAAAAGGUUCAAUAGCAGUAAUAGUAAUAGCACAUCAACUUCAUCCAAUGAAUUAAAUAAUUUAUCAGAAAUGUUCCCAGAUUGGGAAAAGGACGAUUUAUCCGGUUUAUUAACUGAAAAUAAUCAUGAUUUAGAGAUUGUUAUUGAUUUAAUUGUUAAUAAUAAAGUUUCCAAAUGGGAACCAAUUAAAAAGGAACCAAAAAAUAAAAGAAAAGAUAAAGAGUUUAGUGAUGAUUUAAUAAACUCAAAUAUUUCAUCUUCUUCAAAUAAUAAUAAUUCUAAUGCCAUAAAUACUUCCAAUACUUCCAUACAUAAUAAUGGGUCUACUUUUAAUCCAAUAAAAGAUGAACAUGGUCAUUCUAAAUCUAAAUUUAAUAAAGAUGCAAAUCAUAAAAAUUCUAGAUUUAAUAAUAAUAGACCUAAAAAAGUAUCAAAUAAUGGCAGUACUGCUGGUAGUACUUCCACUACCAGUACACCUUCUAAAAAACAACCAGAUUCAUCUUCAACGAGUGCAUCUACUAAUUCAAAUCAACCUCCAAUAGCAAAUUCUUGGGCCGCUGCAUUAUCAAAAGAUAAACCAAAACCAAAACCACAACCUCAACCUUCUAAUGAAUCUAGUAAUGUUGAAGAAUCCGAACCAGUUGUUAUUGAAGAAACUACCACUACUACCACUGUUUCUACUGAAGAAAAUCCAAUUCAAUCAUCUACUACUGAAACUACUAAACCAGUAUUAAAAGAAGCAGCCAUUCCUCAACCUAAACAAGGAUCCUGGGCUUCAGCAAUCACUCCAAAACCAAAAGUCAAUCCAAAACCAGUUAAUCAAUCUCCUGCUAAAGAAUCUGAAAUUGUUAAAUCUCCAGAAUAUUCAACUAUUCAACAAUCUCCAAUUGUUGAACAAGUCACUGAAACCGUAAUUGAAGAACCAGUCCAAGAACAAGCUGAACAACAACCAAUUGUGGAAGAAGUUACUUCAACCACUGUUGUUGAAGAAUCAAAACCACAAGUUGUUUUACCAGCUUCUUCUCAACAAGUUAAUUCAGUUGGUGUUUCAUUUGGUUCCUUAUCUUUAGGUGAAGAAGAAAAAGAAGCCGAACCAGUCAAGGAAGCCGAAUCUCAACCAGAAGCUACUUCUCAAGCCCCACAACAAUCUCAAAACCAAAACCAAAACCAACGUUAUAACUUGUAUAACAAUAAUAAUAACAACAACAACAACCGUUAUAACAAUAACAACAACCAAGCUUAUCAAUACAAUAAACAAUCUCAACAACCUCAACAACAAUAUGAUUACUAUAAUCAAUACCAACAAAGUCAACAACAAUAUCCUCAACAAGCUAGUCAAACUUUACCAGGGCAAUUUGCAGGAUAUCCAGGUCUUGAUUUCUCUGCUGCUUAUAACCAACAAGCUGCAGCAGCAGCAGCAGCUGCCGCCGCCGCUUCCCCAGCCGCUGCUCACACUAAUACUUACGGUCAAUACGGUCAACCAGCUAGUCAAGGUAGUGCCAGUGGAGUUCCUCAAGAUAUUACUGCUGCCGCUGCUGUUUCUCCAAUUGUUAAUCCAAAUACUUUAGUUGCACAACAACAAGCCGCUGCCGCCUUCCAAACCCAACCACAACCACAACAACCAGGAGCUGCCAGUGCAGUUCCAAGCGCUCCAUUUGGCUAUCCAUACUAUAACUAUUAUUAUAACACUCCAUUUUAUGGAAAUGGAGCUGGUUUAGGAGCCACUCAAACUGGAUACGGUAUGCAACACCCACAACAAGUAGCACAACAACAAGCAGCUGCCCAACAACAACAACAACAACAAGCCGGUCAACAACAAGGACAAGCCGGUCAACAACAAGGACAAGCCGGCCAACUGAGUGGAUCAUCAGCUAGUGGAUCCAAUCAAUCAGGUCAAGGACAACAACCAGUUCAACAAGGACAAGCCCAACAACAACAACAAGGACAACAAACACCUCAACAACAACAAGCACAAGCCAAUGGAUACAACAUGGCUGCUCUGCAAUACUACGGGCAACCAGCACAAUUUGGUAGCCGUGGAGCAUACCCCUACAGCGGAUACCCACAGCUGCAACCAGUCAUUCCACAACAAGCUGGAAGCCAACCUUUAGGCGCAGAAGAACAACCAGCCAGUGCCGGAUCCACCAACACCACUGCCCAAGCUAGUCAAGGUACUCCCCAAUUCCAACAACCAAGUGUACCAGGAUAUCCUCAACAACCAUUCACCCAAUACGGAGGAUACCAACAGUAUCCUCAAUACGGAGGAUACCAAGAUGCCUCCCAAUACCGCGGAUGGUAUUAGACCAAUGUAUAUACUGCUAUGUGUUUUCUAGUGUAUUAAAAUGUUACUGAUAUAUAUGUAUAUAUAGAUGUAUUUGCAACCAACCCGCGCACGUGACCAAAAAAUAACAACAAGAAACAAAACACCCGCACACCAAACUAUUCACAUGGGGUACGCUUAACAAGGGUGUUCUGCUAGUACAGCCCCUCACAGUAUCAGAAAGGGUGCCCAGCUUUACGCAGCGCGUAUGUACAUCUGAGCACUAAAUGAAGGGCACGCACUAAUUACCGUUUUGGGACCCACUCACAAUAAAAAGAAGUCUGGUAAAUACUAGUACACCUUUGUUAAGGGGACUAAGUAAAAUUCCCUCACUUUUCUCAUCAUAGUAAAUCCCACUAUAUAUAUAUU